AUGAGCUUGUUGCAGCCCGAGGCCAACGAUGCUGGCGAAGAGGUGCCCGGCGUGUACCGAUCGCUCAACUUCCGCAGUCUACAGGACCCGUACUCGCACCGCGGAGGUGACACGAUGACGAGUCGAUACAGCACGCUGCGAGCCGACAACCUCGAGACGAUGCUCAACGGCGGUCUCGAGCGUUUCUACAAGAAGUACAACCAUUUGUCACGCAAGAUCAACCUGCAGCUACCGACGCCCGAGGUGCGCUUUGAGAACCUGUCGUUCUCGGUGCAGGUGCCGGCGGAGGCUGGUGCCUACGGCACGGUUGGCUCGCACCUGAGCUCCAUCUUCACACCGUGGCAGAAGGUGCCCAUGACCACCAAGCACGCGCUGCAUCCGAUGAGCGGCAUCAUCAAACCGGGCUCUAUGACGCUGAUUCUGGCCAACCCUGGUGCCGGCAAGUCGACGUUUCUGAAGGCAUUGGCCGGCAAGCUGCAAGACAACAAGCAGACGGAGAUCGGAGGGGAGAUCCUGUACUCAGGUUUAAAAGGUGAAGACAUUGACCUGAUCAAGCUGGUGGGUCUGGUUGACCAGACGGACAACCACAUCCCGACACUCACGGUGCGCGAGACGUUCAAGUUCGCAGACAUGUGCGUGAACGGGCGUCCGGAAGACCAACCGGAGGAGAUGCGCGACAUCGCCGCUCUUCGCACCGAGCUGUUCUUGCAGAUCCUGGGUCUGGAGAACUGUGCCGACACCGUGGUGGGUAAUGCGCUGCUGCGAGGUGUGAGUGGUGGUGAACGCAAGCGAGUCACGGUGGGGGAGGUGCUGGUCGGUGGCCAGAGUCUGUUCCUGUGUGACGAGAUCUCCACGGGUCUGGACAGUGCAGCGACGUUCGACAUCAUCAAGGCGCUUCGCACGUGGUGCAAGACGCUUGGCGGUUCGGUCAUUGUGGCACUACUGCAACCGACGCCUGAGGUGGUGGAGCAGUUCGACGAUAUCUUGAUGGUCAACGAAGGUCACAUGGUGUACCACGGACCUCGCACCGAGAUCCUCGACUACUUCGACGAGCGCGGCUUCAGCUGUCCUCCACGUGUGGACCCGGCCGACUUCUUGAUCGAGGUGACGUCGGGUCGCGGAGACAGCUACUCGAACGGUAAAGUGGAGCGGAAGGACUUGGCCGUGACGUCCGAGGACUUCAACAACCUGUUUUGCCAGUCGAGCAUCUACAUGAAGACGCACCAGGCAAUCAGCAAGGGCUUCAACGAGCACCAGUUUGAGAACCCGGAAGACUUCCAGAAGGCCAAGAGCGUGGCCAACCUGGCGCGCUCGAAGCAGAAAUCGGAGUUCGGGCUGGCGUUCGUCCCAAGUACCAUGUUGCUGCUGAGCCGUCAGAAGCUCAUUUGGCUGCGAGACCCGCCGCUGCUCUGGGGAAAGCUGUUUGAAGCCCUGAUCGUGGGUCUUGUGCUCGGUAUGAUCUACUACAACGUGAGCUCGACGUACUACCUGCGUAUGAUCUUCUUCAGUAUCGCGCUGUUCCAGCGUCAAGCGUGGCAGCAGAUCACCAUCUCGUUCCAGUUGCGCGGCGUCUUCUACAAGCAACGGCCACGCAACUUCUUUCGCACGACGUCGUACGCUAUUGCGGAGACGGUGGUGCAGAUUCCGGUGAACCUGUCGGUGUCGUUCAUCCUGGGCACGUUCUUCUACUUCAUGAGUGGACUGACCCGGACGUUCGAGAAGUACAUCAUCUUCUUCCUGGUGCUCGUGUGCUUUCAGCACGCCAUCGGCGCGUACAUGACGAUGCUGAGCUCUCUGUCGCCUAGUAUCACGGUGGGUCAGGCGCUGGCGGGUAUCUCCGUGAGCUUCUUCCUGUUGUUCUCUGGUAACAUUAUUCUGGCCGACCUGAUCCCGAACUACUGGAUCUGGAUGUACUGGUUCAACCCGCUGGCGUGGGCGCUGCGCAGUAAUAUGCUGUCCGAGUUCUCCAGCGACCGGUACACGCCCGCACAGAGCACCAAGUUCCUGGACAGCUUCUCGAUCUCGGAAGGAACAGAGUACGUCUGGUUUGGCAUUGGCAUUCUGGUGGCCUACUACCUGUUCUUCACGACGUUGAACGGGCUGGCGCUGCACUUCAUCUGCUACGAAAAGUACAAGGGUGUUAGUGUGAAGUCCAUGACGGACAACGCUCCGGAGGAAGACAACGUGUACGUGGAAGUGCGCACGCCCGGGUCCGGGGACGUCGUGCAGGCAAAGGCCCGUGGCGCCGGUCUGCCGUUCACGCCGUCGAACUUGUGCAUCAAGGACUUGGAGUACUUCGUGACGCUGCCGUCGGGCGAAGAGAAGCAGCUACUGCGUGGCAUUACGGCACACUUCGAGCCCGGUCGCAUUGUGGCUCUUAUGGGUGCAACGGGUGCCGGCAAGACGACGCUGAUGGACGUGAUCGCCGGCCGCAAAACGGGCGGACGCAUUGUUGGUGACAUCAUCGUGAACGGCGAGGCCAAGAACCCGGCCAACUUCAGUCGCAUCACGGCGUACUGCGAGCAGAUGGACAUUCACUCGGAGGCCGCGACGAUCUACGAGGCGCUGGUUUUCUCCGCCAACCUACGAUUGCCUCCCACGUUCACGGAGAAGGAGCGGAUGAACCUUGUGAGCGAGACGCUGGAGCUGCUGGAGCUGUCGCCUAUCGCUGGCGAGAUGGUGGGUCGCUUGUCUGUGGAGCAGAAGAAGCGUGUGACGAUCGGUGUGGAGGUGGUGGCCAACCCGAGCAUCCUGUUCCUGGACGAACCCACGAGUGGUCUGGAUGCUCGUUCGGCUCUCAUCGUGAUGCGAGGCGUGCAGUCGAUCGCCCGCACGGGCCGUACGGUGCUGUGCACGAUCCACCAGCCUAGCAUCUCGAUCUUCGAGCUGUUCGAUGGACUACUUCUACUUCAGAAGGGAGGUUUCACGGCGUACUUCGGCGACCUUGGCGUGGACUCGGUGAAGAUGCUCGAGUACUUCGAGUCGAUCCCCGGAACGCAGGAAAUCCGACCGCAGUACAACCCGGCCACGUACAUGCUUGAAGUGAUUGGCGCGGGUAUCGGCCGUGACGUCAAGGACUACUCGAUCGAGUACAAGAACAGCGAGCUGUACAAGUCGAACCGUGAACGCACUCUUGAGUUGGCCGAGGUGUCGGAAGACUUUAUAUGCCACUCGACGCUCAAUUACACACCGAUCGCGACGGGCUUCUGGAACCAGCUGGGUCACUUGGCUAAGAAGCAGCAGCUCACGUACUGGCGCAACCCGCAGUACAAUUUCAUGCGCAUGUUCCUGUUCCCGUUGUUCGCUGUCAUCUUCGGCACCACGUUCUACCAGCUGUCUGCGGGCAGCGUGAAGAAGAUCAACUCGCACAUUGGUCUCAUCUACAACAGUAUGGACUUUAUCGGAGUCAUUAACCUCAUGACGGUGCUGGAAGUCACGUGUGCCGAGCGCGCCGUGUUCUACCGUGAACGCAUGUCGAACUACUACGGUCCACUGCCCUACAGUCUAUCGCUGUGGUUCGCCGAGGUUCCCUACCUGAUCAUCGUGAUCGUGCUGUUCGUGACGAUCGAGUACUGGCUCGUGGGCUGGAGCGACAACGGAGGCGACUUCAUCUUCUUCAUGUUCGUCUUCUACCUCUACACGUCGGCGUGUACGUACGUGGGUCAGUGGAUGUCUGCUCUGAUGCCCAACGAGAAGGUGGCGAACGUGGCUGUCGGUGCGCUGUCGUGUCUGUUCAAUCUGUUCUCGGGCUACCUGCUGCCGCGUCCGUCGAUGAAGGCCGGUUACAAGUGGUUCACGUACCUGAUGCCGUCGAGCUACUCACUUGCAGCACUUGUGGGCGUGCAGUUCGGCACUAACCAAGACAUCAUAACGGUGACGAUGGGCAACGCGUCGACGGACAUGACGGUGUCCGCCUACAUCGAGAAAACGUACGACUUCCGUCCUGAGAGCAAGUACAAUUUUAUGGCGGGACUGCUGGUGAUCUGGGUCGUGCUGCAAGUGGCCAUCUACCUCACGUUCAAGUACGUGAGCCACCUUAAGAGAUAA